GCUUUCAAAUAAGUCAUGGCUGUACGGCAGUGAAGCAUUGGUGUUGUGAUGAUGAUGAUGAUGAUGAUGAUGCAAAUGGCUCAGAAUCCAGCUAUUGGGAUAGGAUCAACUCGGAAAAAGAGAAAGCUGCAGCCACGGAAAGACGACAAGCUCAUGAAGAAAGGUUGGCAGCAUGUAGUGGAGAUAUUGAUCCGGUGGUCAACGAAUUUUGGCAAGAAAAAGUUCCUUUUACACCAGAAUCACGCAUAGAGACCCAUGAAUACACACAACUACAGGAAAAGGCAAAGAGCAAGAAAACCGGUGACAACAAGAAGGAUACGUCUAAGCGCAAACCAGUACGUUUGUUCUCAGAUAGUGGGAGGCCUUUUAACAUCAAUGAACCAAAAGUGAACUUUAGUCUGACCGAACAAAAAGUAGACAAUGAAGACUCGUUCUUGCUGGACGUUUCUGUAUACCGGCACAUGGAUACCUCAAUGGUUGAUUGUGACGUACAGCCCACCUACGUCAGGGUCACUAUGAAAGGCAAAAUUCUACAAUUAGCACUUCCAGAAGAGGUAAAACCGGACAAAUCAUAUGCAAAGCGUUCACAAACGACGGGUCACUUGGUUGUGACAAUGCCAAAGGUUGAUCAGGUAAUCCGAUCACAAUGCAUGGCAAAGCAGAACAAGGAUUCCGUCCACAGACAAUCAGCACAACGUGAAGAGACUUCCACAGAAGAUGCAAAAGUUGGCUCCAAGAAAGUAGCAUCCGCCGCCCUGUUAGAAUUGGAAACCGCCAAGCCUUCGGUACCCGCGUGGAAGUCUAUCAUCAAGAAUCCAGCCAGUAAAACUAAUACCUACCGGUCGGCUAGGGAUGCACAAAAACAAAAGCAGCUCCAAGAACGGCCUAAUAGUCCUGACUUUGUUGACUGCCCAGAUGUUCCUCCACUUAUCUAGUAUACGAUAAUAAAUUGUUCUAAAAACUAGCAUAUUGCUUUUCAUCUUGAC